AUGGCGCGGCCAGGGCACUCCACGGCGUGGCUCCCCCUCCUGGUGCUGCUCUUCGCGGCGGGCGCGGCGGCGCAGAGCGGCUGCCUCUCCGCGACCUUCACGGGGGGCCGCACGUUCCUCAAGUGCAACCAGCUGCCCGUGCUCGGCGCCAGCCUCCACUGGACGUACCACGCCGGGAACGGCACGGCCGACAUCGCCUUCCGGGCGCCGUCCGGCGCCGACGGGUGGGUCGGCUGGGGCAUCAACCCCGGCAGCAGCGGCAUGGCCGGCAGCAACGUGUUCAUCGCCUCGCAGAGCGCCGGCGCCGUCUCCGUGCUCACCACCAUCCUCCGGAACACGGCCCCCACCCUCGACAACACCGCCCUCUCCUUCGACGUGCCCGUCCCGGCCAGCGCCGAGUACGCCGGCGGCGCCUACACCAUCUACGCCACCGUGGCGCUGCCGGGCAACGCCACGUCGCACAACACGGUGUGGCAGGCCGGGCCCAUCUCCGGCGGCCGCGUCUCGCAGCACUCCAUAUCGGGGCCCAACGUCCAGUCACUCCAGAGGCUCGACUUCCUCUCCGGCACCAGCACCGGCGCCUCCAACUCCAGGCUGCACCGCCGUAACCUCCACGGAGUGCUCAACGGCGUGGGAUGGGGCGUGCUGAUCCCGCUGGGCGCCAUGAUCGCGCGCUACCUCCGCGUGUUCGAGGCGGCCGACCCGGCCUGGUUCUACCUCCACAUCGCCUGCCAGAUCUCCGGCUACGCGCUGGGCGUCGCCGGCUGGGGCCUGGGCCUCAAGCUGGGCAGCGAGUCCAAGGGCCUCACCUACACCACCCACCGCAGCAUCGGCAUCGCCAUCUUCUGCCUCGCCACGCUCCAGGUCUUCGCGCUCUUCCUCCGGCCCGACAAGAAGAACAAGUACCGCGUCUACUGGAACGCCUACCACCACUCCGUCGGCUACUCCGUCAUCGUCCUCGCCGCCGUCAACAUCUUCAAGGGCCUCAACAUCCUCAAGCCCGCCACCGGCUGGAAGACGAGCUACGUCGUCAUCCUCGCCACGCUCGCCGGCGUCGUGCUCCUCCUCGAGGCCAUCACCUGGGCCGUCGUCCUGCGCCGCCGCAAGCGCAACCGCGCCCACGCCGGCGCCAACGGGACCGGCGUGCAGCUAUGA